AUGUCGUCCAGCAACUCCGAGACCAUCGACUGGCGUGGUCGUGCUGAGCAAGCCGAGCGAGCCUUGGUACUACAUCAACUUGAGUCCGAGCGCGAUCUUGCCUGCGCGCAGCGUGACGUAAGUUCUUCAAGCACGAGUUGCUGCGCUCGAGACCGCAAACGAGGGCAUGAGAGGAAGGACUGAGGAUAUUGAAGACCGCGAUGGCGUCAAGGUAGAACAUGGCAAGUGGUACCAGCUCGUCCCCACGCUUGAUGCUGUGUCUACCGGAGCUACUAGUAGCACGGACCGCUUUAGACCUUCCGCUGCUAGGCCAGUGCUACGGUGGACUCUCACCUCGCAAACCCCUCGCAAACUUCUUGCAACACUCACUGAAUUGUUUUUUGAGCCUCUUCAAAACGAUCAUUCGCACUGCAGGUAUCAAGUCAUCGAGGUCGGGAGCUAGUAGUAGUCGCAAGCGUGUGCUCAACACGACGCAGCUUUCAAACAACGUCAACCACGCCGAGCACCUCACCACCGACCCCACCUGCCUCAAGCUCCAAAACGAGCUGCAAGGAUAUGUACGACAGGAAGCAAUCAAGGACCACCUGCACUUGAUGAAGCUGGACGACGGCAAGGACGACCCCGAGGUCAACAUCAAGACGACGGCGCUGCGUGAGGUCAAAAUCGAGGCGGCCCACGUGGCCAUGGCCAAGAUUGAGCAGCGCAGCAACGGAGCCGUCACGCUCACAUGGCCCGCCGUAGCUACUACCAUCGCCGAAAUCGCAACCUCUACAAUCUUCGAGCCCGGCGUUGCGUUUGGCUCGCAGCACGACAUCAGGGUCCAAUUCGCUGUCGAUGGCAUCGAAUCGAGGUACCCGGCUCUGCAUAUGUGGCCGGCUACUUUGCUCGUCGUCAAGCAACUUCUCGCCACCAAAAUUGCGAAUGUGGCCGAUCAUUGA